AUAGCUCAACUAAAAGGGAAUCCAAAGCUCUGAAGCCCUCUUUUUUAGGUCUCUCUCUUUCCUCUCUCUUCGGCCUCCGCCGCUGCCUCCGCCACCGCCGCCGCCAGCAUCAGCAGCGGGGACGAGAGGAGUAGCUGAUCUCCGCUACUUUUCCUUCUGUAUCUUCAUAAAGUUGAUAUCUUUUUAGCUCGCUUUUUCUUUGCUUCACGUUCUCGAUCAGUCAGUAGCGUAGGCGGCCAAAAAGGCUAUGGAUGAAAGGAUCCCACCUCCUGGCUACUUCCACUACUCCCCCUCUGGUGUCCACUCAUCCCCCUCGCCUCACCACCCUAUGAGGCCUUCCGCGGCCACCUCGGAUAGGGAAAGGUACUUAGCUGAACUACUGGCUGAGAGACAGAAAUUAGGACCAUUUUUGCAAGUAUUGCCAUUUUGUUACAGGCUUCUAAACCAAGAAAUUUUGAGGGCUUCUGCUUUUGUAUCUAACCCAUCAUUUACUGACCACGAGAGAAUUGAGCAUGCUUCCCCUCUAAGGUUGACUGGUCACCCACUCAAUGGUGGACCCAUGGAUUUGGAGGGAAGGUCUGGAAUGUACACGGAGGAAAAUGAAUACCUCCACAGAAUGGGGGUCCUCCGAGCAUCAAGUCCAGGCUGGGGUGGAACUCCUGGUCUUGCUAAAAGUCUUGUAAAGAAAGUUGUGAGACUAGAUGUUCCUGUUGACAAGUAUCCAAGUUACAACUUUGUUGGUCGUUUACUGGGACCACGUGGGAACUCCUUAAAAAGAGUUGAAGCUUCAACUCAAUGCAGGGUUUAUAUACGAGGUCGGGGUUCAGUGAAGGAUUCUAUAAUGGAAGAAAGCUUACGGGAUAAACCUGGAUAUGAACACUUAAAUGAACCACUGCACAUACUAUUGGAGGCAGAAUUUACGGCAGACAUAAUUGAUGCUCGCUUAAACCAAGCUGUUGCCACCCUUGAAGAUCUUCUGAAACCUGUGGACGAGUCAAUGGACUACUACAAGAAGCAACAGCUCAGGGAGUUGGCCAUACUCAACGGCACGUUGAGGGAAGAGAGCCCACAAAUGAGCCCAAGCGCAUCCCCGUUCAAUAGCACUGGCAUGAAACGUGCUAAAACAGGACGGUGAUACAAUAUUUUUGGUUUUCGAUUACUAAAGCCAUGUCUUAAUACCGUGCUCACAGAUUCUUAAUACGUACGGCUGCUACAUGAUGUCUAUGAGCAGGGUCCUGCACUCGUAUGAAAUAUCUCCGAUCAGUUCUUCAAGUUGGUCAUAUCCUUUGUUACACCGUUAAUUCAUAUUAUAGUUCCUUGAACUUCUCCAGAAAAUGACUAGUAAAUUUGUUUAUUUGCUUAUUCUUUAGAACUUCUCGCUUGAACUGAAGAAAACUCUGCUCCAGAUGUCUCACAAUAUCAGCUGUUGUGUUUAACGUAUCCUUGCUAUUGUAAUCACGUGUGUAGUGAAAAACAAUGACAUGCUUGAACUAUGUGAUGGUCUGUAAAUUGCCUUAUCUUUUUGUGCUUUCUACUCGUAAUAAUAAUUUAUUAUUUUUUAA